CUCCUGCCCCCACACAAACUCAUGCUGAGUUUGGAAAGCCUCACGUGAUCUCAAUGGGCUUUGCACCAGGCUUCUCCUGGAUGAUUAAUGAGCUUCUCUUAAACACAUCCCAAGCCAUAAAUCACUUCCCGGCACUGCCAUCCUACAAGGUCUCAAGCCAAGCAUGGAGGCUGUGUCUUGCCAUUGUUACUGCUCCUAAGGUUUAAAAAGGAGAGCAGGGGAAAAAAGCACCAAGCAAAAGUACACUUGCACCUUUCUGACACCUCAGCAAGUAGCAACAAAGCUUGGGACAUUCUCCCUGAUGGGCAAUUCUCCCUGACAGCACAGUCCUGUCACAUCACCACUAGAUGAUGCCAAGACCUAAACACUGGUGUGGACAGCAACCCCCCUUUUAAAUGCAGCAAAAGAGCUUAGCCAUGUGGAGGGCAGCACAGCACAGACAGGGGGUCUGUCUGCAGCCUCCUCCUGGGUUCUUAGAUCACUCAUGGCACCGUAGUAGCUAGCCACCAUGCUGCCUGGUUCCCUUUGUCACUGCCACACUGAGGUUAGUGUCUCCUGGUUGCGCCAGGAGGAUUUCAGCUGUGCCCUGCUAUGCAAUUGUAUUCAGUGCUGGCCAUAUUGUUCUGCUCUCUCUAGCAGCUGGAUCCAUGUAGACAGUUAGAAGUCUGCUACAGAGAUCAGAUGAAGGAGCUACUUCUUUUUCACACAGCAUGUCAUUAACUUGUGGAACUCACUGCCACAUGAUGUUGUGGAGGCCAACAGUUUAAACAGGUUCAAAAGGGUAUUAGACCAUUUCACUCAGGAUAGAUCCAUCAGGAUGAAUGAAACAAGACACUCAGGGCUUCAGCUCCAGAUUAGGCCUCCCCCAGCCUCUAAAUUCUGAAAGCUGUAAGGGAAGAGGGGCAGGGGGGAGAUCCACCUGGACAGGCCCAGCAUAAUCAUUCUCCCCCUUAGCCUCCAUUCUGUGCCACCGUAAGACACAGGAUCCUGGGGUAGAAGGGCCUGUGGGCUGAUUGAGUCUGGCAUUGCUUGUGUUCUUACUUCUUUAGUUCAAGGGAUUUUACAGCUGACGAGACAGUGUUCCGGCCCCAGUAAUAGCCCAGGGAAGAACAGGCUAUCCCACAAAGUGGUGUCUCAGACAGGUUUUCAGAGGAUUGGGCUGAGUAUUUCCUUAGGAAGGCUGCUGUAUGCUUUCCCCAUGAAUUCCCCCAUCAGUUAAGUUUUGUGUAUUUGGAGGGAGGCUCACCUCUUUCAAAUGCCUCUAGCAGCUGCCUCUCCCCUCCCCGCCAAGCAGGGUUUUCCUGGGGCUGUUCCAAAGAGACUGUGCUUUAAAAAUCUCAUUCACUUAAGCUGGCUGGCUGAGCUUGGGACAGCUGCCAGCCCAACGCUGCCCUGGUUUAUGAGUGUGUCCACUGGAGCCCCAGCCAUCCAGGCAGAGCUGUGCUCAGACCAGAUGCAGCAUACGCUGAACCGCAGCUCGGCUCCACUGGCUGCAGAUGCUCUGGCAGCUGUUAAUCAGAGCCAGCCAGGAAACUCAAGGCUGGAGCUGUAUGUCAGGAACUGAGCGGGGCCUCCGCCCUGACAGCUCCAGCAGCCCAGGAGAGGACAAGGACACCCAGCCGUGCCGCCUGCCUGGGGUGCAGGCAGUAACCCCUCUCUCCUGCUGGCCUUUUUCCUCAGCCCCUUGCCCUGCACGGAGAGAAAAUGGCCACAGAGCAGCCGCAGGACCUCACAGCAGAGCAGCUGGAAAUCCUGGAGUACAACUUCAGCAAGGUGAACAAGCAUCCUGACCCCACCACCCUGUGCCUCAUUGCCGCUGAGACAGGCCUGUCUGAGGAAGAGACUCUGAAAUGGUUCAAGCAGCGUCUUGCAGAGUGGAGAAGAUCUGAAGGGCUCCCCUCCGAGUGUGGCUCAGUCAGAGACUAGCCAGCAGACCCCUCACUGGAGACAACCAGGAAUCAGGAAUUUGGCAUUUAGCAAAGAUUUGGGGAAUUUCUUUUCACAAUAGAUUUGACAGGCCAAAGUUACAUCUUGCUAUUUAACAUUAUUAUUUUUUAUUUAAUGUGUACAUAACCAGGAAAGAAUAAUUAUCUCAAAUGUUAUGCAGCUUUUGAAAUGUAUCACACAAUAGCUCAAAGGAGAACAGCUACACACUCUGCUGACUAGAGCAGCAGAGUGGAGCUCCUGACCUUGCCCGGAGCUCCUAGCAAAGCUAACCAAGAAAGGGCAGAGUUAGAGAAAGAAAAAAUAUUUCCUUUUCUGAUGAUCCCCAGAUGCAAACUUCGUGCUGGACUGAGCAUGCUCAGCUCCCAGCUCUCAGAACACCAGCUGUGCUCUUAUAGUGACCUUGGGCUACACUGUGGACAGGAAUCUAACACUGCUGUAAUGGAGAACUGAGUGAAUACACCGCAUAUAAAUCAUGCUGAGAGCCCUUGAAUUUGUCUUAAAUGAGUCUAUUAGGUAUCAUGGAAUGAAAAGGACUAUUUUUUCUGAUGAGUUAAUAAAGAAUAUUUUAGUUGAA